CAGAUGAACUAAUCUGUACAUAUACAAGUACAUGUACAAGGACAUGUUCAUAUUGUGUACAAAAUACGGAUUUUGACUGUUUGUGACCACCAAUGGAUGUUUCAAUGCAUAUGUAAUGCGACUAUCUGCCGUCGAAUCUCUGCCGCCUUCCCCCGGGAUUAGUUGUCCCUCACUCAGACGAUUGUACACACUGGACAUGGACUCUUACGAAGAAAAGCCAUCCUUUUUGCCAUCGUAUAGGAGGGUUACCAAAUCAGUUUCUAGAUCUGUGCUGCUCUCGGAGUCGUUCACUAGAACUUUCAAUGGCUACAAGAAGAUAUUCUGUAAACACUGGUACUCUACUGCAAAACCAAGAGGGGUUUUGUUUAUCUGCCAUGGAAUCGGGGACCACAGUCUUUGGUACGAGGACCUAGCUGAUAUUUUAGUCAAAAUUGGAUUUUACGUUUUUACACACGAUCAUGUCGGACAAGGUCAAAGCGAGGGGUUACAUAACCACGUGGACAGUUUUAAUGAAUACACGUCUGUAAUAUUUCAACACUGCAAUGAAGUCAAAGAAAAGUAUCCCGACCUACCCAUAUUUGUGUUCGGAAAUUCAGUGGGAGCUACGAUAGCACUAUUAGCAGCUGUCCAAAAGCCAGGUUUGUUCCAGGGACUGGUAUUAUCUGGAACUUUACUCCUGCCCACUGGAGGCCCACCUUCAUUUCUACGAGAGGUCUGCACAAGACUCUUCCUUGGGACAUUAUUUCCCCAGAUGAAACUUUUCGAUAUUGAACCUUGGACAUUAACUAAAGAUUUGAAUGUGAUUAAAAGAUAUGCAGAAGACCCACUAAUGCAUCGUUUUGUAAAGGCACAAUGGUGCGUUGCCUUCAUGAAUGCCAUUAUGAGACUUGAAGAUACGUUAAAAUCCAUUGACUGCCCGCUGUUGAUUCUCCAUGGCAAUGCAGACCCUGUUAGUGACGUCAAAUCGUCCCAGGAUUUAUUUGAUACAGUCAAAAGUUCAGAUAAGGAAAUAAAGGUCUAUCCUAGACUUUAUCAUUUUCUGCUUCUGGAAUCGGAAGAAGAGAGGUCAAAAGUUUUGGAUGACAUCAUAAACUGGUUUGAUAAGCAAAUGCAAACCAUUUAGGAAUUGUUAAGAUUUAACAAAAAACAAGAGAAGGAAUUGAUCUUAUUUUUUACUUGUUGGUAUUCGACUUUGUGUAUCUUUCAUUGCUCUCUCUUGUAGGUUUUUCAAAAAUAAAAUAAACUAGACUCUUGUUGCUAUAGCAACAAAAAGGUCUUCCGUUCCUUAUGUUUUAAUCUGUACAAAAAGUCCAUUUCUCUUGUAAACAGAAAAUGGAUAUAACAUAUACUGUAAAGGAAUUCCAAAGAAAUAAAAAAAAAACAAAAGACAAAAUGUCAAUUUUUGAGUACUUUCUGUGACGACCGGAAGUUACGCCGGAUCAUUUAGAACAUAGUGAUCAUAUCUUCAUACAUUGUUUUGUCUUUCCUCGAAGUUUUGAUGUUCAAGUUUUUGUAAGUUAUAAUAUC